CUUGUCGUGGUUCUUAUUAGAGUGUUUUGUGGUGCGACGCAAGUGGAUUGGGGGGUGAAGGAGAACACGAUGUCGAAGGAGAACACGAUGUCGAAGGAGCAUUCAUGCUGUUCGUCGACGUGCAAUGUAUGGAUGAAGGAGAACCGUAACGUGUGUCCACCGAUUUGCCACUGUGGACUGAGAUGUGUGAUGCGAACUGCUAAAACUGUGAAGAAUCGUGGGAAGCAAUUUUGGGGAUGCUCGAAGUAUAAGAGUGGUGCUGAAGAGGGUGGUUGCAACUACUUCAAAUGGUGCACUGAUGUUGCAGAAGAGGAAAGGGGCACGUGUUUGAAGUCUGAAGGAAAUCAAGAAAGGUUGUCGCACAGUGAAGAAAUGGUCAUUAAUAGGAACCAUCUUGUUAAGUUAGAUAAAUCGUUCUUGGUUGUUCAAAAGUGGAUGAAGGUGUUGAUAUUUAUGGUUUGUAGUUUAUGUGUAAUAAACACAAUUUUAGUGUUAAUGUUGAUGAGAAUGGGCUGAUGUCUUGUAACUUUGU